UUUCUUUCAUCAUGGUGUUGUUGUUAUUAUAUUAUGAUUAUUAAAACAACACAAAAAUGGUGGAUUCGAUUUCGAAUGUUUCAAAUAAUCAUUCGAAUAAUCAUAAUGGUGAUGCUAAUGAUGGUGAUGAUGAUGAUGAUGUUCGAAUAAAAUGUAGACAAUGGCCAAAACGAAAUUUUGGUCAAACAUUACCAAAGUCAUCGUUACCACCAUUGUUUGAUAAUAUCAUAGCCAUGAUAAAAUGGCUUUUAAAUGUGAUAGUUUUUACUACUAUUAUUUCGUUUAUAAUCAUUUCAUCAUUAUCAUAUCCAUUGUUUUUAUUUAUACCAAAUCAUGUUUGUGCACAGCAAAUAAAAUUCUUGAAUGAAUCAACAGCAACGAUAUCCGAAUUAUCUUCUUUGACCAUUGGUCAAACGAUAAUGAAUUCGACAAUAAUUGGCGAUAAUAAUAAUAAUAAUGAUGAUGAUGAUGAUAUUCAUGCAGAAGCAUUUCAUCAUUAUCAACCAAAUCGUAACAAACAACAAUUAGCCAUAUUUAAUCAUAGUGGUGAUAUGAACAUGAAUAAUAUUGAAACAUCGGCAUUAAAAUCAACAAUUAUAAUGACAACAAAAAAAAUGAAUCAACGUAAAUAUGAUCAUCAUAAAUAUAAAAAUGGCCAUUAUCAAUCACCACCACCAAUGAUGACAUUGCUUGAUGGAAAAUAUACUGAUAAUGUUACAGAAAUUUUACAAGAAAUACUUAAAGGUUAUGAUAUACGUUUAAGACCGAAUUUUGGUGGCGAUCCAUUAUAUAUUGGAAUGGAUCUAACAAUAGCAUCGUUUGAUUCAAUUUCCGAAGUAAACAUGGAUUAUACGUUAACAUUAUAUUUACAUCAAUAUUGGCGCGACGAACGUCUUGUAUUUGGACCUAAUGAUAAUGUUGAGCUAACAUUGUCCGGUGAUUUUAGUGAACGUAUUUGGGUGCCCGAUACAUUUUUUGCAAAUGAUAAAAAUUCAUUUUUACAUGAAGUUACGGAAAAAAAUAAAAUGGUACGAUUAAAAUCCGAUGGUUCAGUUUCUUAUGGAAUGAGAUUCACAACCACAUUAGCCUGUAUGAUGGAUCUACAUUAUUAUCCAUUGGAUUCACAAAAUUGUACAGUUGAAAUUGAAAGCUAUGGAUAUACCGUGUCCGAUGUAGUCAUGUAUUGGACAGAUACACCGGUAAAUGGUGUUGAAGAUGCUAAACUUCAUCAAUUUACAAUUGUUGGUUAUGAAACAACGGAUCGUAAAGAAUCGUUAGCCACUGGAACUUAUCAACGUUUAUCAUUAUUAUUUUCAUUGAAACGUAAUAUUGGUUAUUUUAUUUUUCAAACAUAUUUACCAUCAAUAUUGAUUGUAAUGCUUUCAUGGGUUUCAUUCUGGAUCAAUCAUGAGGCAACAUCAGCACGUGUUGCAUUGGGUAUUACUACCGUAUUAACAAUGACAACAAUUAGUACUGGUGUUCGUAGUUCAUUACCAAGAAUUUCUUAUGUAAAAGCUAUAGAUAUUUAUCUGGUAAUGUGUUUUGUAUUUGUAUUUGCUGCCUUGUUGGAAUAUGCUGCCGUUAAUUAUACGUAUUGGGGUGCACGUGCCAAGAAAAAAAUGAAACCAAAUCCACAACAUCAACAUCAUCAUAUUGGAUCAUCAUCAUGUUCAAUAACACCGUCAUCAUUGGAUCGUCGUUCAGCAUUGAGAAAAAAUUCACGAAUUUUUAUCAAACAAGAUACAACAACACUAGUGCCACGUCAAAUGGCUACUGAAACAACUACUAAUCAUAAAAUUCUUGUACAACCUUAUUCUAUACAGUCUCAAAUAAUGCCUAUACAACAACAACAACAACAAACAAAAGAAAAACCUGUAUAUAAAGAUGUUGCCAUAUCACCAAUAGCUUCAUUACGGAAUAUUCAAUCAUCAUCAUUAUUAGUGAACAGAAGACAACGAAUACAACAAAAUGCUCAACAACAACAACAACAACAACAUUCAUCAUCAAUCAUUUUUGAUCCAUUGAAUUUACAAUCAUCGAAUCAAGAAUGGCAAAAUAUUAAUAAUUCGAUAUUAGGAUUUUCAAAAUCAAAAAUUUUUUCAGAUAAUUUACCAUUAUUUUAUCAGCAACAUAAUAUUGAACAACAACCACCACAACAACAACAAUCAUCGUAUCAAAUAUCACCAUUAGGUGAUUAUGGAUUCAUAUCAUCAUCACCACCACCACCACCACCAUUAUCAUAUUCUUAUAAUGUUGAUGUUGAUGAUCAACAAAAUGAUGGUGAUGAUUAUGGAAUGAUAAAUACGGAUUCAAUGAAUAAAUCGUCAUCGAUACCAGAACAACAACAGCAGGAUUAUAAUAAUUAUGGUCAUUAUAUACGAAAUAACAAUGGCUGUACAUCAUUACGUUAUCGAUAUUCAAAACAACAACAACAAUCACAUCGAUUUGGAAUGGCCAAUAAACAAUCAUCAAUGCAACAACAACAACAACAUCAACAAAUACAACAACAACAACAACAACAUUGCUCAUCAUCAACAGCAAUGAUGAAUGGCCCGAAAAAAGUACGAGAUGUAAAUAAAAUUGAUCGCUAUUCACGUAUUAUAUUUCCUGUUUCCUAUAUGAUUUUCAAUGCCUUUUAUUGGAGCUUUUAUAAUAUUUGAAUGACGAAGAAAUGAAAUGAAAAAUUUGUAAAAAUCUAGCCUAAUUAUCACAAUUAGAUUGUUGAAAUUAUGGAAUCUAAUGUGUAUGCAUGUGUGUUUGUGUGUUUAGAUGAUGAAAAUGAAUAAUAAAAAUAAACAAAACAUUUUGAAAUUCAAAUGAAAAUAUUAUGUUGUUGUUGUUGUUGUUGAAUGUGAAUCAUCAGGCAAUGUCGGCCAAAUGGAUUCCAUGGAAAUUGUGUUCGAAAACGACAAUUGUC